CUCUCUCUCUGGAGUGUCUUUUUCUGUCUGUAUAUGGGGUGCAGGGCUGUUGUUACCAUAGCAACCACAAGCAUUGCAGUGGCUACUGAAGAAAGCGUCUCUCUCUCUCUGUCUGUCUCGUAUGUUUCUGUGUUCUUAUGAUCCACAGUCUUUUAUUUAAUGACCUGAGGAAAGGAGAUCCGUGUCGUCUCUGUUUAUCUCAGUGUGCGCAGCAGCGGGAUCUAAAGGCCACCGGUGUCGUCGGAUCGGUCGGAUGGUUUUAUGGAUGUGGAGGUGAACUAUGACACACGGCCGUCAUGUGUCCAGUCUCCCUGAGGCUAGAAACACAGAAGAUGAGACGUGCUCCUCAUCCUCCAUCUGUCCACUGUGUCGUCAUGGUUUCGAUGUUCCUCUGAUGCUGCCGUGUUCUCACACGCUGUGUGGCCGCUGUCUGACCGGAGGGGCGCGGCUGGACCGACAUAAGGGCGGAGUUAGGGGCGUGUCCUCCACCUCUCGUUCAAUCUGUGCCGUUCUCUGUCCGAACUGUCGUCACGGUGUCGAGCUGCCCUGCUUUGAAUGGUCAUCUGCUGUGACCUGUCUACCCUUUGACCCCACGGUGACCUGUGACCCUAAAGUGAAGGUGGAGACAUUCAUCGAUGGCAGUGUCGAUCUUUCUGAAGAGGAAAUGGAGCAAUCUGUUUCAGGUCUAGUGUUCACUCUCGAUGGCUCUGACCCGACCCUUGACCUCUCAAACUCCUCUCUCACGUUGACCUUUAUGGGUCACACACUUUCAGCCGGUGACCGCAGCGCUGGUGAGUCGUGUCCGCUCCCUCAGGUGUGUGGAGGGGUGUCUAUCUCCAGGGGACAGUACUACUGGGAGGUGGACGUCUGCAACAGCGCCCUCUACAGGAUAGGUGUGAUCUCAUCAUCUGAUGGUCGUGGCUGGUGGCUGGAGAGGCGUGGCUCCUCAUGUCAUGCUGUGUUUGAUGGACGCCGGGAGCUCCUCCCCUCUGUGCCUCCUCAGCUGAAGACAGUGGGCGUGUUUCUGAAUGUAGGCGGGGCUUCUUUAACUUUCCACAAUUGUGUCACUCAAGAGUUUUUGGCCGCCAUCCCCUCCCACUUCACCGUUCCCCUCCGUCCUGCUCUUCAGUUGGGCCAGGGAAAGCUGAAGCUCCGCCCCGGCCUGCCGCCACCCAAUCACGUCUUUCUCGGGCAUAACUCUGCCUAUCGGGGUCCAGGAGGGGCGGGAACGAGGCGCUGGAGGAGGGACGUGGCGUUUGGGGCGGUGAAGGCGGUGAUAGAGAAGUUUGAGGAGAUGUCAGGUGGCUCAGACUCAGAUUCUGGUCUCGUGUCUAGUUUCUGCUCCAGCUCAACUCUUGGCUCGCUGUCGGAGCCGGUGGAGAGUUCCGGUGGUGAAACGGCUCAGUAGAGUUUGAUGGAUGUUCACAAGAACAAAACAAGAGAGGGACGAAGACAAAUUCUUUGGAACCAGAAAGCACAUUUAAUGUGUUACCGAGCGCUUCAUUUAUGAACAGAGACUGUGACCGAGCCAAAGCACUCCACUUCUCAUUUCACACCAAGACCAAAGAGAACAAGGGUCACACACAUCUGAGGUGUUGACUGUUUCUUCUUCACGUCUGGAGCUUGAAUGCACCGAGUUGCUUUUGUUGUAAAAGCAUCUGCCAAAUGUAAAAAUGUCAAUCUUGCUCUUUAGAAAUGCUUUGCAACAUUGCAUAUUUAUCACUGACUGUCUGUAUGACUAAUAUUUAUUUAUGUCUUCUGAUUAAAUGUGAUUAAAAACAGCACUGAAUGAAA